GGCGACAGACGCAAGACGUGCGGUUCUCUUGAUUCUUCGUUUCUUUCGCGAGUAAUCUUGCUGAUCCUUGAACGGUAUCUGCACUUAUUAAUUAAAAAGCGCGCAAGUGUUUUGUUCAAAUUGUGGUUUAUUCAACUAUAAUUAAAUAUGUCUGCCAUAGCAUUAUUGAUCCUUAUUGUACUAGCUUUAAUUACAGUUGUUUAUGGUUUUGGAUGUAGGGGAAGAGUUAUGUUAAAUGGAGUUUCAGAGUAUGAAAAACAAAUAAUCCUGGACAUGCAUAAUAAAAUGAGACAGUCAGUAGCACUUGGUCAUGUAGGAGGACAACCACCUGCGGCGAAUAUGAUGGAAAUGAAAUGGGAUAAUGAAUUAGCUGGAAAAGCCCAACAAUGGGUCGAUAAUUGCCAAGAAGACCACGAUCACAAUAGACAUGUUUCUCGUUUCCAUUUCGGACAAAAUAUCGCCACUACCUGGACUUCAAAAACACCAGAUAGUUGGAAUGAAAUGAGAUCCGAUUUUCCUUACGCUAUUGGAAAAUGGUUCGAAGAGGAAAAACACUUUAGAUUUGGAGGUGGUCAUGGCGGUGGAAUUACUGGACAUUACACCCAAAUGAUGUGGGCCACAACCAAUAAAAUAGGAUGUGGGUAUGCCUUUUACUACGACCCAUCGAAAGGUUACACCAAAAAUUAUGUGUGCAACUAUGGACCAGGGGGCAAUGUAAUUGGACGUUCACCUUACCAAAAGGGUAACCCAAAAUGCCUGGACUUUGGACUUCAACAAUCACACCUAUAUUUAGGGCUUUGCAGCAAACAAUCAAGCUUUCUGUAUGAUGUACCAAGUUAUUCCCAUAUUAAUCAUAUUAAUCCUAUUACUCAAAGUCCAACUUAUUCCCAUAUUAACCAUAUUAAUCCUAUUCAUCAAAGUGCGAAAUAUACCUUCGACAAUCACUUCGAUGGAUUCCUCUAUUAAGUAAAAUGGAAUUAAUUUAAUUUUAAAUUUUAAGACAAGACUGGAUUAGUAUAAGAAUUAGAGUAGUAAAAGGCUGAAUCCAAAAUAUCAAAUUUAUGAGGCUCUAUUUUAUUUUUAAUGAAUAUUGUUAAAUUGUUAUGACCCAUGGCCGGCUCCAGAGCGUGUAGAGGCGCCAAAUACCAUUUUUCACCCAUGUAUUUUAAAAUAUACGGCAAAAAAACCUUCUUAACUUUGGUCCAUGUUAACUAUAUGCGAUAUAUAGUUGGGACGCAACAAUUAUUUUGGAGCCGGCCCUGAUAUGACCCCCUUAUUGGGUUGAACUUAGGGAUUAAAUAAUUAAAUAAAGUAUAAGUAUAGAUUAUAGAUUUCCUAAAUACAGUUGGAAUCAUUAAACUGUAAUUGAGGCGUUGAUUUAAAAAACAACAUAAGUCCAAAAAUUUAGUUUUGACAAAAU